CGAUUGUUUGUGCCAAAAUAUGUCUCCCAUUCCUAAAUGCUUAUGUCAGGGUGCAAGCCUCGAGUUAGAUAAACCCAUUCCCUGGCCAUUCAAAAGGCUCACUAAAUAAAUGCAGAUGGUGUGAAUUAGGCACAAGUUCCUCAGCUCAGGGACAGUCUGGGCACAUUUUAAAACUUUUAUCUUUGUUGUUAAAACAGUAGUACCACAUAGUGUGAAUGCACAGGUAUAUGUUAGAUGUAAAGAGGUAAAUGUUUAGAUGUGUGGAACAUUUUGAGUCCAAAAUUAGGCCAAACUUGAGCCUAUAGCCAGUCUUGUUUAGGACAUUGUAAAAUGGCUCAUAAAUUCCAGGUGCAUUUUAACUCCUCCGACUCUCCAAUUCACAGUCUUGGCUUGUAGACUUUAGGGGAGAAAAAAGCUGCAGAACACAGAAAGAACAAUCCUGCAUAGAGGCUUAAAUUAACAAUGAGAGAAAUACAUUUUGCGUAGACAAAAGCUCACAAACACUUUUUCUCUCCCAGCAAGGGAAAGUAUGCUUCAGCCAGACUACAAGUGUACCCUAUUUGUUCAUUUCCCACAUAUUCCCCCCAUUCACUCUGAGGGAAAAUCCUUGCUGCUGCUCUGCUGUUACCAGGCCAGUAAAUAGUGAUUCAGAUCGCAUGUAACAGGCUGCAGUCAACGACUCAGUUUUUCCGACGACUUCAGGCACCAGAGGAGAGUCGCAGCGCUCACACAACUGCUCAUUCGCUGGGGCUUUCUUUGCAAGCCACUUUGGAGAUGCUCCAGGGGGCAGUGAGCAGAGGUUGGCUCUGCCUGUCCUGCUGCCUCCUGUUGGGGGUCUGCUUCCCGGCAGAGGGUACAGGGCCAGCAGGACCCACACCUAGAUUUCCCUCUGAAGGAGAAUCUGGGGAACCAGACCUAGACGACUGGGAGUGGGGCUCUGGAUCCUCUUUUCUGCACCUGCUAAACAGCUUCCCUGCUGACAGCCCCUUCGUAACAGAGACCCCAGGAAGGCCAGUAAACUGCACGCAGCGCUUCUGGUUACCCCCGUCCUCUGAAAUCUGCUGGGAAAACAUAGCUGGGCCUGAGGAGUUUGCCAAGUCCCGCCUGCUUGUUCUGCAGAACAGGGCCGCCCUGCAGGCGGUAUCCACCUCCAGCGGGGUGGAGGAGGGAGGGGCCUCCUACGACCACCAAGCCAGAGAGGAGGUCCAAGGGAUCCACUCAGACCACCAGGGCGUGGUAGAAACGAUGCAGACCAUGGAGAAGGUGUUUGUCUCACUGGAGGAGAAGAGGAAAGAAGGGACGGAGCAGCAGGUCUUCACAAGCAUGAAGAGGAAGCUUGCCAACACGAGGGACGCCAUAGAAGGCAGAGAGCACUCAGCGAACGUCCUAGAGAGUCAGUUUUCUAAUCUAGAGGAGACCCUGCUGAACAUUCAGCUUCGACUCUACAAACUCAUGCAACAAUGACGAUGUGUCACAGAGCUUUUUUUCUCUAAUUUGAUAUGUAUUUAUGUAUUCAUGUAUUGUACAACCAUGUAAGAAACGCAUGCAUGCUCAGGAUUAUUGUAGCUUUGUAGUAAGAGGACUGCUACCCAUGUAACAUGUGUAACCUUGAAUCAGCACUGAUAAACUAUCAGGAAGUUUUAAUGGACAUGUAGCAGUUAAAUCAAAUUUUAUAUUGCCAGUUUGAAAACCUCUUCCAUGUGGAGAUUUCACGGUCACAUUAACAAGCACUAGUAAAACCGCACGACACUUGUGAACCCUGGAAUCGAAUAAAUGAUCAUUUAUGGUCCGUAAAUGCUCUGAAAUAAGAUGCUUGUGUUGCAAGAAAAGUUAUCAGACAACAUGAAUCUUUAUUUUAAUAUCAAAUCUAAACAACAAAUUUGUAAAUACAUGAGGAAGAUGCUUUGCGUGGUCGUCAGCUAUUAUACGCACUUUAAAUAUUCACAUGUAUUACGCUGAGUGUGAAUUGAUCCGUUCAACCGACAAGUAUUCAAGUAUUUAUGACGAUCUACUUACAACUCAAUCAUGAAUCACUUUGCUCUCAAUGAACAGCAGGACGCGGCACAUUUCAUAACAUCUGUCCAAAGCAGAGCUGCAGAGACAUGAAACGCAUCCAGUGUCCCCCCCCCCCCCUUUUUUUU